AUGAACCUAGAUAUUACACACGCAUCGUUCGAUGUCCUCAUAUUCGCAGGGAGGGCGUUGGUAAUUCAAAGACCAACUGCCGACACGCUAACAGCCUACGUUGUGACGUCGUUGAUCGAGUCCAAGGUUGCUGAUACAGAGCGAGCCAUCUCAGAUGCCUUCUCCUGCAUUGAAGGCGAAACCUUCGACGACGCCUACACCACGGCCCUGGUGGCUUACGCGUACGCCCGCUACGGUGAUAUGAACAAAGCUCAGGAAUACUUGGAUAGGUUAAUGAAGCUGGCUGUACGAAACGAGACGGCACAAACUGUACACUGGGAGAAAGCAGAAGCUGAAACGGUCGACGUUACAUUGCCAUGGAACCGUCAGGCCGAGAAGAAGUCGAUAAACACUGAGAUGACAGCAUAUGCUCUGCUGACACUGACGCUGAUUGAAAGCGAUGAUUCGACGCUGCCACUCUCUAUCGUCAGGUGGUUGACGCAGCAGCAAAACUCACGCGGUGGUUUCACAUCAACACAGGACACCGUAAUCGCUCUGCAGGCUCUCUCCCAGUUCGCUAUGAAGUUUUUCGGUUCGCAAAGUAGCAGCGACAUUACGGUCAGCGGUGACGACGUUGACGCUGCUGUGAGCGUAUCUGGCACCAACAGCCUAGUCCAGCAGCUGGUCGACGUGCCCUCGGUGCCCAGCGUGCUAGACGUCACAGUGACGGGGUCACGAUGUGUUAUUAUUAAGGGUAAUGUCUUCUACAACCUGUACGAAGAACAGAGAAGAGUCCCCGUGUUCUCCGCAACAGCAAACGUCAUGACGACCAACUGUAAGACGUGGCAGAUGACAGCCUGCGGAACGUACACUGGUGAGGAGGAAUCAUCAAACAUGGCGAUAAUCAGUGUAAAUAUGGUGACUGGAUUCUCUCCAGUGAAGGAAUCAUUAAAUAAGAUUUUUGAGAAGCCCAGUAAGAAUUCACAAUUGAAGCGUUUUGAUAUUGAAGGCAAGACUGUAGAUAUCUAUGUAAACGAGUUCGAACCAGGCGAGCAGGUUUGCGUGACCUUUGACCUGGAGAAAUAUCUAGACGUGGAAAAUGUGAAGUCGGCUGUUGUGAAGGUGUACGACUACUAUGAGCCAGAACAGACAGCUUCUACUCUGUACAGCAUUGAAGAAUGCAAGUAAGCAACUGAGCGAGCAAUUCCAACCAGCAGGAAUGGCUAUCGACUUACUUGAAUAUUAACAAUUAUUUGGGAAAAGCUUUGACGUAGUAGACAUCGUACCACUGACUGCUUUUUGGCUAAUAUCCUUAUCAGCUGUAUUCACAGAGAUUCACAAAACACAUGCGUCAUCUUAAUAUUAUUAUUCAUCGUUUUCACAUUACAAAUUAAUGUUUUAAGAAAUAAUUAUUAAUAAACAAUUAUCUAAAUGUGUACUGCCCUUAUGCAUGCAGUACAAUAUAUGUAUUUUUACGGACACGUACUCGUGUAAUUAUAUGUAUACAAAUAUUUUUAUUAAAAAACUUGAUGGCUAGUCAUUCUUGUAA